AUGUCUAAUACCCCAGAAAGCAUGGUGAAGUGCGAUUCAUCUCAUCAAGUGAUUGAGGAUAUUGUGUAUUCUCUUUCAAACCAUAUCUUCUCAUACGCCGAGCACGUUCCUUUGAACCACUACUUAACCCAUUGGAAUAAGAAUGGUCGUCAAAACGGGUUUUCAAACAAUGUAGAAUUGUUUAAUUUGGAAGCUCGUUCUGGCGCCCCCGGAUUAUUGCUGGGAUCUUAUACAGCUGCCAUUUCCUCACCCGGCGUGUAUUCUAUGAUUACUCCCUCCAGUUGCCUCUCUUUAAUGAAUCCUUUGAUCUCAAACAUUGGACUUUUCUACGGCACUAGCAAACCUCUUGUUUUGCACGUUGCUGCUUUGGAUUAUGUUGACCAAGCGUACCGUACCGACAACAACAGUGUACUCGACUUUGCCUACUUGAACAACUUUACCGUGUUCACUUCCCAGUCGAAUGUGGAAGCUGCUCAUAUGGCUCUUGCUAGCACAAUUGCGGCCAAGACAAGUCCCACUGUCCAUGUUUAUGAGCCCGACGCAAUUGCUACAGCUUUGGCCCCUGGCCUUCCUAAUCUCGAUGUUGGGGCUGUUGUUGAUUGCUUCAACUCAUUUUCCACCAAUGAAGAUCCUGUUCAGAAUGCCGCCAACGCUUUGACUCAUAUCAACGACCAUUUUUCCACUAAUUACAAGCCAGUCGAAUAUGAAGGUUCUUCAUCUGCUUCCAAGGUCUUUGUUACUUUUGGAAAGACAGAAACUAUGGCUGCUCGUAAUUUACUUGCUGCCAAUCAGGAUUUAGGAUUGCUUUCUAUUCGUACCUUCCCCUUUUCGGUUGAGGAUUUGCAUCGCAGCCUUCCUAUUACUUGCAAGAGAGUUGUCGUCAUUUCCCAAGUCCGCUCGACUGCCGUUAGCUCUCCUUCUUUUUACUAUUCUUCUAUUCUCGCAAGCUUGUUGGACACUGAAAGUCUUCAGUUUUCUGUGGAAGAGCACCGUUAUGCUGUCAAAGAAUCAUUAACUACUGAGUCUCUUUACGACGCUCUUUCCGACCAUUUGAGUCUCAAUUACGCUGUUUCCACGGCUUCCAAGGUAGAAAAGACUGUAAAUUUCUGGGAACUCGACACUUCUGAAUAUUACGUUCCUCACUUGGUGUCUACUCACAGAACCGACCAAUCAAGGUCUGUCGCUUUUCGUACCUUGUACGACAAUUUGGUGCUUGCAGGUGUUCGAUUUACCACCGUUCAGCUUUCAACUCAAAACGCUUUUCUUACUGAUAUCACCCAUGGUUUGAAUGCAGAUAUUUCUGUGGUGGUGAACGAUAAGAUACCAUCCUAUUAUAAAGUUCUAGCCAAUGCUGCUGAGCACUCUGUUUGUUUGCUCCAGACUACCAUCUCUCAUGAGGAGGCUGCCUCUAAACUUCCUUAUGAGUUUUUGACUGAUAUUUUGAAUAAAGAUAUCAAGUUGAUUCUCGUUAAUCCCAAGAAAUUUGUUAUCAAUGGUUCUAAUCUACCAAUUUUGAGUGCCUAUAUCCAGCUAUUCAAACCCGGAUUAGGUUCUGAGGAAGCCUUUAGUAUCCUUUGCAAGGAGAAGGGAUUCAAUGAAACUAUUCGCAAUAGUGCCCUUGAUUCUUUGAAGGAGGCUUUGGCUUUUGUUAAUGUGGAGAAAGCAGCAAUUGAAGCACGCGAACCCAGCGACAAGCAAUUGCCCACACGUGCCGUUGAAACAUCUUUUGGUCCUAACCCUAUCAAAUCUCUUGAGGAAGAUGUUGCACCACGAACCACCAGUUGGGAGACUCUUGCUCAACAAAUGAUGUUCCCGGAAGCUUACAAUAAGCAAGAUGCUUUACGUCCUGAUGUUUCGGAACGCGCAUACACUGUACGAGUGAAGUCCAAUAAGCGUCUUACGCCUUCUACAUAUAGCCGUAACAUUUUCCAUAUCGAGUUUGACCUUGGCAAUUCGGGGCUGACUUAUGACAUUGGAGAAGCUCUUGGUGUAUACGGUGUGAAUAACAAAGCACACGUUGUCGAUUUUAUUAAUGAGUACGGCUUAAAUGCCAAUGAACUCAUUCAGGUGCCUUCUAUCUUCUACAAGGGUCACUGGGAAACCCGCACUGUUUACCAAGCCUUAUCUCAAAACCUUGACAUUUUUGGAAAACCAACGAAGAAGUUUUACGAACAAUUGGCUCAUUAUGAAACCGAUGAAAAAGAACGCUCGGAUCUCGAUACUUUAGUCAGUCCUGUUGGUGCUCCCGAUUUUAAGCGCCGUGCUGAAGUUGACAUGCUUACGUAUGCCGAUGUUUUGAAGGAAUACAAACAUGCAAAAUUGAAUGCAUCUGAUUUGGCAGUUAUCGUUCCUUCUAUCAAGCGCCGUGAAUAUUCAAUUUCUUCUUCCCAAAGGAAGCACAAGGACAGCGUUCAUUUGCUAAUUGUCGUUGUUGACUGGAAGGAUGGUAUGGGACGUGACCGUUACGGACAAUGCUCUCAUUAUUUGUCAAGUUUGCGAGUUGGUGAUCCUGUUACAGUUGCAGUGAAAACGUCUGUCAUGAAGCUGCCUAAAUCUCCAGAGAAGCCCAUCGUAAUGGCUGGACUUGGUACAGGAUUGGCACCUUUCCGAGCAUUUUUGCAGUUCAAGGAAUGGCAACGACUCCAAGGCAUUCCCUCUGGAGACGUCGUGCUUUACUUGGGUUCACGUACCCAGCGUGAAGAAUACUUGUAUGGUGAAGACUGGGAAGCGUAUCACGCUGCCAAUUUAUUAACAUUUGUCGGACAAGCUUUCAGUCGUGAUCAACCGUACAAGAUUUAUAUCCAAGACGUUAUGCGAUCUUCCAAGGAACUGCUGAAGAAGACUUUGGUAGAUGAAGGAGGUUCAUUCUAUUUGUGUGGUCCUACAUGGCCAUUGCCCGAAAUCACCAGUGUAUUAGAAGAGGUGAUUCAAAGUGCUCAUUCCGAGCCUGUUAACGCUCGUAAUAUCAUUGAGCAAUGGAAGGAGGAACGCCGCUUCGUAAUUGAAGUUUAUUAA